AUGUCCGACCCCUCUGUCAUUGAUCCGCAUAUGAAGAGGGAACAACCAUUUCGGUCUUCCAGAAUUUCGGCAUCGUCUUACUAUCCUGAACAGAAAGGUUUCGCAGGGAGAAUGUCGAAUAAUUUCCUUGAUCAUAGGGACAGCUUGGAAAGACGAAAAUCAUCGGCAGAGAGCAGAGUGAGCAAGGAAAUAGAUUUGACAUCGGACAAUGAGGCGAAUAACAGUCAGAAGGAAUCUACCGAGCUACAUAUGCGAGAUCAUCGACAUUCGGAUCUCGGAAUACCUGCAGUGCCCAAAGUAUCUGCAUCACUAGUGAUGACUGGUCAGAGACAAAAUCUCCAGAAGUCGCCUUCUGAAAUUGUGGCGAUGGGAAAAACGUCAGUAUCAAGAUCAGAGUCACGGACGGCGUCUCCUGUAUCGGCGAACGGAUACAGCCCCGUUCGUGAUGACGAACGGUUUGGCAAAGAUCGAGUCGCAAAUUUGCGAAACGGAGAUGCGCCAGCGAAUGAUCGUUCGCCCACGUCCUCGGCCCGCCUCUCGCCCACGAUAAGACCGAAAGCAGCGAGCGUAUCAGUUGGCUCGCUUAGUGGGUCUAACGCGUCUGGGCGUCCUUCGCCUUCAAUUGUAACGUCAUUUCCUUCGGCAACAUCCCUGUCGCGUAACGCGUCGGUUACUUCAGGUACCAGUAGUUCAGUCGGCUCGGUGGCGGGCGCCGUUGGACGGCAGCAUUCCAUCUCGCGAAUGCGUCCCGUUCCUCCUUCGCGAAAUCCUCCACCCAAGGCAACCCUCCCUCCGACUCCUCAAGACCGCACCCCGUCGCCGCUUACAUUCCGUUCUCCGAAGAACGUGAGCACGUCUUCGCUCCUGAACUCGCCGAAUUCGCCAAGCGAUGAUCCCUCCAUUCUGACGUUUGACCUACCACCAUCUACACCCUCUUCCAAUGCUUCGUCAGUGAGCCUCUGCUUUGCACCAACCGUACAGGCGUCAACACUCAGUGACAUUGACCUCGGCCUCAGAUCAACUCUUCCGAGGGCGCAACGUGAUAUUCGGAGCACAAAUUCCGGGCGCUUGCAUAGGCACGAGCAACCACCGCAUCGAGCUGCGACGUCGCCAACACACACGGCGAAAUCUUCCAUGUCCUCGAAUCAUACCCUGACGAGCGCCUUUGGAACACGGAGUGAAACCCCUAUGCAACGGUCGGUGAGAAAAAGCAUCUCCCAAUCGUCGAUUACAUUUGACAGAAACGGACGCGGUGGACGGCAACGUGUUGAUUCUGAAACAAGUAUUACGUCUGGAAAUUUAAUGCUGGAGGAAAAUCCAGCAUCUGUGUUGAAUGGCAUGAGGACGCUACGCAAACAACGGUCGAUGCACAACACUCGCGCUCCUGGAGGAUCCCUCGCUAUUCCGCCCCUUCCUCAGACACUUCGACAUGCUAGCUCCUUCAAUACGGCGCCCAUGAGCGAAGCUUCUGGGAGUGGGUCCUCGGUGGUUGCCAAAGGCGAUAGUUUCAAUUCCCCCUUUGGAUCUCAGCGACGUUCGGCCUAUUCAUCAUCGCAGGGUUCGACUGCAGGCAAUUCGCUUGUGGUCACGCCAACGACACCGCAGACACAGAAGAAACGCUCAAUUUUCUCGUCUCAUUCUCGUGACCGAGACAAGCGAGAGUCAGGUCAUGCUCAGGAGCGUGAUAAGCAGGAUGUCUCAGGUGCUACAUAUUCACCGGAUGCGCAGCAGCACAUUGACAAGAAGAAAUCGCACGUAAUCGGACUUGGUUUAUUCUCUGGGCAUUUCUCGCCUCACUCGACGCCUUCGCAUAUACCAGGUGUAACCGAACAUGUACAAGAGCCGCCCCGCCCUUCUUCGCCUCCGGAAGACGUAUAUAACGCGCCACGUACUAGCAACGACCCUCCUAACAAUGCUGUUGAGCACCUGGACCAACACAUCUUGCCACCGAAGGAACUUGCGUAUCAGAUGGAGGCUCUGGCUGAUAUGGAGGAACCCUCUUCUCCCCCUCAAUUCUCAGAUCGUGGCCUUGAGAGCGAGGUAGAUGACGAUUAUUGGGAAGGGUCAAGCAUCAUGACUUCAGACCAGUUUAGCAUGCGCUCGCGCAUUAACUCCAUUAGCGGGACGUCUAUUACUUCGGGUACCGAUGAGAAUGGUGUUUUAACUAGAGGAGACUCAGGUUCUUUGCCGAUGUCAACGACGACGCGGCACUUCGCGAACGCUUCGGGCUCGAUACAUGAACGGCUCCGGAACGAUCGCCCGUCCACAGGGUCGCGCCUUCCAACUCGUGAUUUUAGCGGAAUGUCGGGUCGUUCCCGGAUAUCGAACUCGUCCGCUGUGCGCCCCUCUACUGCAGACCCACUGUCUUCAAUGCGGGAUGUGUCACUACAUGAUACUUCUUCAGAUGGCUACUGUACGCCUAUUGGGUUACCACCCCCGCCUCGACGAAAGGGAGCGGCAAUAUCCACUCCCACAGCCAAUCAGUUCGAGAUCGAGGAGCCGGAGAUAAAUCCGUUGUCACCGCCGCCGCCUAGAAACACACCCACACGGUUGCAACGGUUACCAUCGUUUGAGAAUCAAUUCCCGCACCAGGGUUUGCAGCGCCUUCCAUCUCAUGAAACAAUAACCUCGUACAACCCGAACCGCGGGUCCAUCUUCCGGAAGCCCUCGUUCCUCAACAUUGAUGAUGAAUUCGCCGAACAGGGGAAUGGGGUGGACAAAGCUCCCAUGUCGACUGUACCCGAGGACAGCUUCCUUAUUCUCGAACACGGGAAAGAUUCAUUAGACCUCAGUCGCGUCUCUCAUGAUCUCUGA